AUGCCUCUCACUUCCGCUCAGAAAGAUAAUCUCGAACAACUUCUGAAAGAGGCGGUUGAAGGCCAACUUGUGCCAGCAGUUUCGUUUGCGGUCACUGAUACAGAGGGUGUGCUCUAUUCGCGCAACUUGGGCAACACCGUCUUCGACGAUCCGGCGAGUAAAGCUGUGGAUGACGACUCGCUGUUCUUUUACUGCAGCCAAUCUAAACUUAUCACCUCCAUUGCAAUCCUCCAGCUAAUCGAGCAAGGGAAACUCUCUUUGUCGACACCUGCUUCACAAUAUAUUCCUGAGCUCGCGAACACCGUCAUUGCCACAGAGUAUGACCCCGUUACCCGCAAGCCAACGGCGUCGAAGCCAAACUCCACCCCAAUAACGGUCGGGCAUCUACUCAACCAUUCCAGUGGGUUGGACUAUCAGAUGUUUCUGACGUAUUUGACUGGGCCUCGCGCGUAUCUGUGCGAUUUGUACUACCACGACUACUCCAAAGAAGAAGCCGGCAAAGAGAUCGAGGCUUUUUGCCGGAACGUCAAGGGUGAUAUGCCAGGAAUUCCUUUGAAAUUCGAACCUGGGACAGAUUUUGCCUACAGCUUUGGAACGAAUUUUGUGGGAUUUAUCGUUGAACGUGUGACGGGCAAGUCGCUGGAAGUGUAUCUAAAAGAGCACAUUUUUAACCCUCUCGGAAUAACCUCGAUCUCCUUCUAUGUUGACACACCUGAGCGCAAAGCACGAUUGCUCCCUAUGACUUUUCGCGACCUCGCCACCGGAAAACUCGAGGCUUGGAGCUUCCCUCCACUUAUCGAUACAGAUUCUAUAACGUUGUGUCUUGGUGGUGUCGGCCUCUAUGGAACGCAACACGACUAUUUAACCCUCUUGCGGCAUCUUUUACAGAUUCAUGCUGGCAAGGCUUCGAACCCGAUUCUCAGCAAAUCAUCUGUUGAGUCACUGCUCUCUCCCUCACUGCCAGACAGCGCGCUCGUAGCGAUGGGGGGCAUGGCGCAGAUGAUGCAGAGCGAGCUCAACGUACCGCAAGGCAAAGCGCAGUUUUCGCUGGGGAUGCUGGUCAACACUGUUGAUAUUCCGGGCCAUCGACGGGCAGGGUCUGGGUGUUGGUUUGGCUGGGCAAACACGAUGUACAUGGUGGAUCCGACGAGCGGGAUUGCGAUGGUCUUCGGAACGCAGUUGGUGUCAAUUGUAGAUGCCGAGUUCCAGAAGGCGAGCGAAAGGCUGGAGAAGGCUGUGUACCAGCUACUGGUCGAGACUUGA